GCAAUUGAGUGAUUGGUGGAAGGUGAAGUAGUCACUCAUAACGUACACUGAUUGUCAUUACAAAGGUUACAGAGGCGACCAGUUCACCAGCCAUGGAGACCCUGGGGUUUCGAAGGGGUCUGGACCGUUUGCUUCAGGCAGGAGUUAGAGUGGAUGUCAUCACUACAGACCGCUCUCCUUCUAUCAGGAAGCUUAUGAGAGAGACCUACUCUGACAUCCAGCACCAGUUUGACCCUUGGCAUGUUGCAAAAGGACUGAAGAAAAAGUUGACUGCGGCUGCAAACCACAAAAAAAACAACGAUCUGCAGCCUUGGCUAAAGGCUAUUACUAAUCACCUGUGGUGGUCUUGCCAGUCAUGCGGGGGUGAUGCAGAGGAGUUGAAACGCCGCUGGACGUCCGUUCUCCAUCACAUUUGUGGCAUACAUCGCUGGGAGGAAGACGGACAGGAGAGGACUUGCUACCACCGGGACCUCACUGAAGAGCAGCAGAGAAGGAAGAAAUGGCUGCAAACCGACUCUGCUGCAUUCCAGACACUGUCGGACCACGUACUGAACAAGAACCUGUUGAAAGACCUCAACCACAUGACUCUCUUCCAACAUACAGGAGCCCUGGAGGUGUACCACAGUGCAAUGCUGAAGUACACUGAAAAGAGGCUUCACUUCGCCUACAGCUCUAUGAAGGCACGCACCCUACUCUCUGUGAUGGACAACAACGAGAAUGUUGGCCGUCAACAAGCAACGACCAGUGAUGGGACUCCGAGAUACAAUUUGGUUUUUCCCAAACAAUCUAAAAGAUGGGUUGCCAGGAAGAGGUACGAGCCAACCAGGCAGACAUUCAGGAAGGAUUUGGUGGAGCGGGUCCUGGAAAGGCGCAUGGAUCCUACUGUGAAGUUUGCAGAUCCACAUUUUUAUAUCCAGCAAGCAGCUACUAUACCCGACAACAUAGCCACCACUCCAAGACCGGACAAAGAUCAAAGUAUUGCAGAGCACGUCUCCCGUUUUAAAACGGAAAAUGAAAGUCUAACUGGAGUUUAGUGUGGUGCUAAAUACUGUCUGCAAACAUUAGUAAAAAGACAAAAAGAUCAACAGCAAAACAUUUAUUGAACCAUAUACGCGUACAUUGUUGUUAAAAUGUUACCGUAAACAAUAGUAAUGUCAUCUGUAACCAAAUGUAUGUCUUCUUUUUGUGUUUGAUAUAAAGGAUUUGUUGAAGUAGCAAAUGUUUUCUAGUAGACUACAGUAGUGUUGUGUUCAAAACAAUCUCAGAGCAUCUUGUGCUUCCCUGAAUCCAACAUAUUGUCCAGCGGCCGAAGGGUAUUUGUUUCGGAUGCUGGUCACUACACAGGAUGGAAGAACACGUCGGUUUCCUCUUCCCAGCUGUGUUCCUUUCAACCCCCACUCAAGAACGAUUCUGUAAGCCACCAAUCGGUACUGCCUAAAACAAGAAGGAAUACAAGUUAGCUUUUGGGAGCAGGCUCUUACGAAAGACAGCUAAACUAUGGUAAUAGCACACAAAGACAAUGGCCCUACUGCUGUUUAUGGUGGUAGACUGAUUUGCUGAAUUGAUCAGGCUAAAAAGCCUACGGCCUAUGUCUAUAUAGUAAAAAAAUUGUCCAAGCAAGUCACGCUUGUGUAUUUCAUUUUUGCCUUUAGUCCUGGUAGGACCUUUUUAACCAGAGCAAUAUUGUAAUUAAGAAACUUCUUAGUUAAUAAAAAAUAAUAGCUGGCUAGAUAUUCUAAGCUUUCUCCAUCAGCCACUCUUUAGACGGAGGCUGUGGUUGUAGGCCUGCAUCAAUGGUAAAGAGCCUAGCCUAUAAUAAAGCAGACUUGGAGUCCAUGUAUGAACAUACCAUGUAUAAUAUUUGAUUGAUUGCACUUUAAUAAAUCAAUUAAAUUAUUAUAUAUGGUAUGUUCAUGCAUGGCAAAGCACAAUUACAUUUUGUUUGGAUUGCACACUUACAACAUUGACAACUGGCCGUUGGGUCCAGCAGGUCUGGGUCUUCUUUUCCAAUUUAUUUUAUCAAAGGAGAAGAAUGUUUCCAGCACUCCUCGAUUUAGAAGGGGUAGAAAGUCCUGGUGCUCCGUAAUGCAGAUUGCCCUGUCUCGGGGGGCGCUAUGCCCAGACACAUCGAGAUCCUGAAUGCUUGUGUCCAGCUCUUGCAUCUGUGGGAUGACUAAGUCCCACUCCCUGCAGCAAAAGCAUUCGUCCCCUGUCGGCAUUUGAAUACAUUUUCUGCACUGGCACCACCAGUCUCCCGUUGUUCUGUCCCGGUUCUCUACUGCAGCUCCAGCGGGGACGGUCUCUAAAGACGCUCUUUCUCGUUCUGCCCUUUGAGCAUCCAUCUCUCUCAGUUCUUCAUCCGUGUAUUCCGGCUCGUACAUGUACGGUUCGUUGGAUACAACAUAUUCCUCAUUAUCGUCAUCAAAAGCAGAUGCAUCGCUAAGCCCUCCAAACGUGGCCAUAUCUUUUUAAUUGAAUACGCUAAUUCCUUCGUUCACUGUACUCGGCGUUUGUAGCAUUGACAGCGGCAGGUAAAUAAACUAGAGCCGGUAACCUAGGUAUCAGUCCGCCGCUGCCGUAACCUACUACCAGGAAUAUAACACUGCUGCUGAGACCCAGCAAUUCCCUCAAAAUGCAAUGCAAUGCAAGGUUGGUUUUAUUUCUAACAUUAUUCUAUAAACAGACAUUUAAAUCUAUAGUCUGGUGUUAUUAUUGAUUGACCUCGGGUGUACUGUGGAGUGGGUAAGACUGUUUUUAAUAGCAGGCUAGCUUUUCCCGUUCACUUGCGCUAGCCUAGCACGAGAGAACUCCGCAACUAGAAGGACUGAA